AUGGAGGAGGGCAAGGCAGGGGAUGAGAGGAGGCCGCUGUGCCCGCAGGCCGCACGCUCGAGCAUUUCCGGCAUCGACGAGCCGUACUCGAGGAACGGGAUGGGGAUCGUCUUCGCGCCCUACGGCGACCACUGGCGGCUGCUCAGGCGGGUCCUCGUCGCGGAGCUCCUCAGCGCGCAGCGCGUCGACGUGUUCCGUCGCGUCCGCGAGGACGAGGCGGCCCGCCUCGUCUCGUCGCUGGCGUCGUCCUCGCCCCCCGGCCAGCCAGUCGACGUCGGCGAGCGGAUCGGGGAGUUCGUCGCCGACUCGGCGGUGCGCGCCAUCUUCGGCGACAGGCUGCCCGAUCGAGCCGCGUUCUUGAAGAUGAUGGAGCGGGCGCUGGACUUCGCGUCCAUCUUUGACCUCCGCGACCUCUUCCCGUCGUCGCAGCUCGUGCGAAUGCUGCCACGGAGCCACAAGGCGGAGCAAAACCGGCGAGAGGCGGUCUGGCUCGUGCACGAUAUCCUCCAGCACCACGAGGAGAGGAGGGCGGCUGGAGGCGGAGGCGGCGAGCAGUACAUGAUCGACGUGCUGCUGAGGAUCCAGAAGGAUGGCGCCAUGGGAGUUCUCACCCAUGGAGUCCUCGUGGCAGUGUUGGUGGACGUGUUCGUAGCAGCAAUAAAAAGCAACAGCACUACUCUUCAAUGGGCCAUGGCCGAACUAAUGGCGAAUCCAAGGGUGAUGAAGAAGGCGCAGUCAGAGAUUCGCCAUGCUCUCGCAGGGCAGGGAAGAGUGCACGAGGCAGCUCUAGGCGACGUUGUCUACCUCAGAGCAGUAAUCAAGGAGAUCUUAAGAUUGCACCCUCCUAUUCCACUCGCACCAAGGGUUUGCCUCGACGAUGACAGUAAAGUACAAGGAUAUGAUGUACCAAAAGGAACACCAGUUAUUUUAAAUCUAUGGGCUAUCUCUAGGGAUCCAAGAUACUGGGAAGAUUCUGAAAAGUUCGUGCCGGAAAGGUUUGAAGGUGAACAUACUUCCAACCUCUUAGGGUUGGAUUUUGAGUUCAUCCCAUUUGGGGCCGGGCGACGAAUUUGCCCUGGGAUAACCUUCUCCCAAGCAAACAUCGAGAUUGCUCUGGCUAGCCUUCUAUACCUUUUUGACUGGGAGCUACCCAUUGGGGUUAAGCCAGAUGACAUAGAUAUGGCAGAUUUCUUUGGAGUUUCUGUUAGGAGGAAGGCGAGGCUACUGUUACAUCCUAUUCCUCGUAUAUUCGACCAGUAG